AGUAGAUUAGAUCAUCAUUGCUGUCAUUGCGUUACAAUACUUGCAUUUCCAUUUAAUUUCACUGCCACCAUGCCACCUGACUUCGUGUUCGUGAAUGUCAACGAUUCGGGACGGACACAGUCCACAGAUCGAUCAGUCAUUCGUAGCCGAUGUAUGCUCGGUACGAAUCGACAAGAAGGCUCAAGGCGAUCUAAACAAGCCGCUCGCAAAGCGCAAAGGGAAGCUGCUCAAACUGCGAGGGAGAAUCCGGAAUUACAGACGCUCAACCCUUUGCUUCCCCCCUUCAAACUAUGGCUCUCGAGGUCGAAUAAUGAGAACCAGGGAGCUGAAAAAGAAUCUCAGGCCCAGAGAACAGAAGAGACAGCUCAGGAUGAUAGCUCGGCGCUCAUGCCUCCGGUUCCUCGUCCGCCACCCAGCGACAUGUCUCUCAUUCAAUUUGCAGAGGAGUUGGAGAGGCCCUCUCAGGAACUACUCUUCAGACUGGUCAACUUCAAUGCUCUCAAGGGCACCUUCUAUCCCAUCGAGCACUGCGUCGACCUCCCUCGCAGCGCGAAUUCCGAGGCACUCUCAUUUUCAUGGAUUCUCCAGGACAAAAUCUUCCUGCAUAGCGCCUUGUUCUACUCAUCCGCUGUACAUGAACAUGUCCAGCGUUGUCAGCCAGGAAAAAUGACACAGUUUCAUCUUCGACGCACGAUCAAACUCCUCAACGAGGCGCUUUCUCAACCAGACUCGCAUCGAAACGAGGCAAUCUUCCACGUCAUACUCACUCUGGCCUUGAUGGCAGGUCUUUGGGGUGACUUCAGCACCACGGCCGUACACUUGUCAGGCUUGCGGCAGCUUGUACGCCUUCGCGGAGGGCUCAGCUAUCUUCAACGUCAUCCAAAGCUUCAUUUCAAGCUCGAUCGCCUGGCUCUCUCGUGGUCUCUUGGCACGGGAGGUAUACCUUGUUUCUUCAACGGCCCUGUCAGCUGGGAGUCAUGCUUCAACGCGCAGUCAAGAGAUCCAACUUCCGGGACUGAGAUCCUCUCCUGCAAUGUUGUGCGUGACUGGAGGCUGGCAGCUGUUUGGCAAGACCUCAAGCAUUUAGUGAACUUGAUCAACCAUCACCUCGCCUGCAAUUCGUUGCUUGAUGGCUCGCUUUUCCAAGACUCCUUGGGAUCGAUUCAAACACGACUCGUAAAUCUGCAGGACAGAAUCGACAACCAAUCUGACGAAUGCCUCCGACUCGGAAUGUUGGCUUUUCUGUCGACCACAUUACAGAUCCCAGGCGGCAGGUUUCCUUAUAAGUAUCUCGCUGAGAGUCUCAGGAACAUAUGCCAGACUACCGCCGGUGGCACGUUCGAAAACGAGGACAUGUUGUUCUGGCUCCUGAUGAUGUGCGCGAUCUCCGUCUUUGAGGCUGAGGAGGCCUGGCUGCGGCCUCUGUGGUUGAAAUUCAGGGUAGAGCAUUUGUCGUGGGACAGAGCGCGAUCUCGGUUGCAAACCGUCAUGUGGAUAGAUAAACUACAGGGAGCACUCGGUCAGACGGCUUGGGCGAAGCUCGCUUUGGUAGACGUGGUGUAAACUCGUCAACCAGUUCUCCUUAUUGGUCUGUUAAUGCACAGGUUGAGUCGAGCAGCACCAUCAUGCUGAUGACCUCCGGACGAUGGAGUGUUUGUUAACGAUGCCUUACGUAAGACAUACCUGGAAGGCAACUCGCUGUUCGGAAGUUAUCUUUUCCGAUUUCAGUGGAAGGAACCUGGAAAGUAGGUGCCUCCCCCGUCUGGCCCCUGCC